AAGAUCAAGCAGAGCACAGUACCGGACGAGCGCGUAAACCAACCAAACAGCAUAGAAUAGUUUCCGUGGUCCGCGACUGUUUAACAACCUAAAUGUGAGGUUAACGUCGUCAAAAGUUUUUUUCCUUUUAAAAUUGAAAAUGAACAAGCCCGAAUUGGAGGGCACGGCCCACCUGUUAGAUGAAUUAGACAAAAAGUUGAUGGUGCUCCUCCGCGACGGCAGAACGUUAAUCGGCUACCUGAGGAGUGUCGAUCAGUUUGCCAACCUGGUGCUGCACCGUACGAUCGAAAGGAUACACGUGGGUAAAGAGUACGGUGAUAUUCCGAGAGGGGUAUUUAUAGUGCGGGGGGAAAACGUCGUCCUCCUGGGAGAAAUCGAUCCGGAGAGGGAAGACAGUCUGCCGCUUACCGAGGUGACCGUCGACGAUAUAUUGGACGCGCAGCGCAAAGAGCAAGAGUUGAAGCUCGAAAAACAGAGACUGAUCACAAAGGCUCUUAAGGAGAGGGGGCUUCAGAUCACCGCCGAUUUGACGCACGACGAUUUAUACUGAACCGAGCCGCCGCAAGGGUUAAGCCAAUUAGUUUAUAAUAAAGCAAACAUUUCUAUUUUUUAUUUAAAAAAAAAUGAUUAAAUACUCUUUUAUGGCAAAAAUGAUUUUCAAUUUAACAUUAUCAUCCC